CCUCCGUCCACCCGCCGCCCGCUCUUGCCAUGGAUGCCAAGAUCGUCGCUGUGCUGGCCCUCGUGCUGGCUGCGCUGUGCCUCAGCGAUGGGAAACCGGUCAGCCUGAGCUACAGAUGCCCUUGCCGAUUCUUUGAGAGCCACGUCGCCAGAGCCAAUGUCAAGCAUCUCAAAAUCCUCAACACUCCGAAUUGUGCCCUUCAGAUCGUGGCAAGGCUGAAGAACAACAACAGACAAGUGUGCAUCGACCCGAAAUUGAAGUGGAUUCAGGAAUACCUGGAGAAAGCUUUAAACAAACCCAGUCCCACACUCUUGGGCCUGACCUCUGCCCUGGGAACCAACCUGGCCAACACCACUGCCGGCAUCACCAGCAGGAGCUGAGGACGACGGGGUGUUUAUU